CCGGGGCGAUUCCGGGACUUUGUUGGAUAUUUUAAUAACCCCCACCACGGUUCAGUGGAUUCAUUUGAUUUUUUGUUCCUCCGGGAUUUGUGAAUCGAUAUUAUGAUUGAACCAUUCGAUCAAACGCGUCUGUAUCGACCAUAUGUUUCUGAUGAAUGAGGAGUAGCAUGUGAAACAAAGAUGUUCGGGAAAUAUAUUCCCUCAGUACAAGUGCUAAUCAAAACCACGUGCUGACAGUAGCAUCUCCAAAAUUACCCACCAUUCUCCUCAGAACCCCGUGACUCAUCAUGAUCUUCCACGCUCUUUGAAAACAUUGACAGACAAGGCAUUUGUCUGGAAACAUAACCUCUAGCAAGGGAAUCGCUCAACUCUGAUGCAGAGGAACUAUAUCAAAUAAGCCUGGAUAUUGAUUAUAUUAGGAUACUUUCUGUGUAUAUUGAGGAUAGUCCAGCAACAUACAAAAACUGGCCAGUGGAUCAAAUCUAUUGCUCUUGUGAUGAAAAGAUGUUUACAGAAACCCGGAACAGUUUUUGUCCGAUUAACCAAAGCGUAAAGGAUAUACGUAUAAGCAGUUUCUUUGUUUACAUUUGUAGAGGAUGAUCAUCUCCGGAGGAAGGAUGAAGCAUCACUAGAUGUCUUCAUUGUAAAUAUGAAUUAAUUAGUUGUUUAUUAAGAGGUGUGAAUAAUCUUGCGACUUUUGUCUUAAGACUUAGACCUUAUCUUCGUUAUAUAGCGGACUCGGUAAUUUAUGCUCGAGGGAUUAGAUUAGGUAAUCUGAGGGUUCAAGCAAGGUGCGCCCCACGGUGUGCAGGAAACGGUGAGGUUAUUUAAGUCGUUUUUUGUGUGAAUCAGUAACACUUGACCUGAAAUAUACGGCGAUUCUUUUUUUUUCUAAUAAAAGAAAUCAAAAUGUAAUUGGACCAGAUGCUCGGCGAAUGAUAAAUUAGACUAACGGCUGGCUUCAGAAGACAGAGUGCUGGUUAUUAUUGGGGUUGGUUUCUUCUGAGUGGAAGACUGACAACCAGAGACAAUAAUAGACGAUAAAACAAUUGAUGCCAACAUAACGGAGCCAUAUUUAAUAUACGGUUAAUUUAUGAAACAGUGAAUGUGCCGUAAUACACAUGGAGGCUGAACGAGAAAUGUACAAGCAGAUCCCUGGAGUGUGUUAUUGUGGGCACUACACAGGCGUGGACGGAGCGGGAGAAAGGAGGAAUAUAGCCUCUAAUAAUGGACCUUCACUUAAAACAAUGAAGACUUCAUUAAUAUUUGUGAUAUACAUAGUGUUCUUAGUUACAGAUUCAGUUAUAGGAUUGCCAGUUUCAGGAGCGUCUAAUCUAGAUGCAGAUGCUUUUAGAUACCUUGGAAAGUUUGGUUACAUAUCAUCAGCUCAAGCGGAGAAGGGGGCUCAGAACCUCAUUUCAAUGGACAUCACGGAGUCCAUAAAGAAAUUACAAAGAAUGGGUGGGAUCCCGCCAACCGGCGUGCUCGAUGUUCGAACUCAGGAGCUCAUGCACAAGCCGAGGUGUGGUAACAAGGACCCAGUGGAAGAAGAAGGGGCCCGGAAAAAGAGAUAUGUACUGGCCCCUUCUAAAUGGGACCAUAAGGAUCUAACUUACAGAAUCGAGAACUACACGCCAGAUCUACAGUGGCAGGAUGUCCGGCGAGUCAUCGCAGACGCCUUUAAAGUUUGGAGUGACGUCACUGACUUAACAUUUACAGAAGUUAUGAAUACAGAUGCAGAUAUCAUGAUAAAAUUUGCCAGAAAAUAUCAUAAAGAUGGUUACCCAUUUGAUGGGAAAGGUCUCAUCCUGGCUCACGCUUUCUUUCCUGGAAAAGACAAAGGGGGUGAUACUCAUUUCGAUGAAGAUGAAAAGUGGACGAUCAAUUCCAAUGAGGAAGGUGUGGACUUGUUUAUGGUAGCUGCUCACGAGUUUGGGCAUGCUCUGGGACUGAGCCACAGCAACGAGCCCAAAGCCCUGAUGUAUCCUUGGUAUCAGGGAUACAUUCCCAACUUUCAACUUCCAUACGACGAUACCUUAGGAAUACAACUUAUUUAUGGUGGUAAGGGACCUUACGUGACCUUUCGACCCCCGCCCACCACCAGGCGGCCUGAUACAAGGGGAGGAUACAGUACCCUCGCUCCUCCCCGUAAAGCCCCAAUAGAUCCAUGUAAGGGAAAUUUUGACGCCAUAGCAGUUAUACGUUCUGAAGUCUUCAUUUUCAUCGGAAAGUAUUUCUGGAGGAGUCUUGAACCUAAAACCAUUCUCUCUAGUGAACCCUCCAUUAUUCACGACUUCUGGUACAGAUUUCCAGAGGACGUGGAGAGGAUUGACGCAGCUUUUGAACAUCCAACAGACCGCAGAAUCUUCUUCUUCUCAGGAAAGAGGUACUGGAUAUACAACGGUAACAGUCUUGCCAAUGGACACCCUACUAAUGGUAAACCAAUCACAGACUUCGGAAUCCCUGAAGACAUUCAGAAAAUUGAUGCAGUGUUUGUGUGGGGCUUCAACAAAAGGAUUUACCUUGUCAGUAAAGAUAUGUACUGGAAAUUCAAGGAGUCGGACAAUCAAAUAGAACCGGACUACCCUCGCGACAUGAGCAUCUGGAAAAAUGUUCCUAUUCCAAUUGAUACUGCUUUUAAAUUCCAAGAAAACACCUAUUUCUUCAAAGGGGAUAAAAUGUACAAGUUUUAUGACAUGAAGAUGAGAGUACAAGUGAACUGGCCCAAACCUAUUGAAGAUUUCCUAGGAUGUGGGGAUCGGUACAGUUCACGUAAACCUAACUCCAAGAACUCCCCCGAGAAGAUUGCUCAGUUACCAAAGAGAAAUUCAUCAAGCCACACCAGUUUUACAGGAGUUUCCAUACUUGUAUUAUUACAUGCCAUAUAUUUAUGUAUAUGUUCUAGGCAUUAAUGACCUGUUUUUAUAUCACUAUUUGAAUGGUCUGACCAAAGGAAUCAAACACUGUAAUACCAGGUGAUCAUUUGUCCUGUAUUCCUAAACUAUACAAUCAAAAAGUGAAGUAUGAAGAAUACUUUUAGUUCCUCAGCUUAAAUUAAGCUUAUUGGACCAAACUGAUAAUCAAACAGCUGCAAUAAAUACAAUAUUGUUGGAAAUAUGAGGUCUAGUGUGUGAUUUUCAUUAGCUUGCUUUUAUUUGUAUGAAGCUGAUGGCAAGCAUUACUGUACGUUAUACAUUGCAGGACGCAAUGUGAUUAUUAUAUCAUAUGAUCCAAAAUGAAAUCCUACACAAGAAUUGGUGCAUAAUACAAUAUAUUUUUUCAUGUCUUUUAAAAGGAUACAUAUUAUUAUAUCCUGUGUAGAAUUUUUUUUUUGCCACUUUGUAUUUACCUCAACAAAGAGAUCAAAGUGAACAACAACAAAAGUUAUUUUGCAUUACAUUGCAAGUUAGAGUUAAAUAACUUCUACUCACAAUUUUAUUUGAUAUUAGGGGACCCUUGAGCAUGCUAAGGGGAGGAUAGACAUUUAAAAUGAGAUUAGAAAUGAGAUUGAAGUUUGUAUAUAUUGUAUGGUAUUUAGACAUCAGGUGUUUUAUUUAAGCCCAGGUGAUCAAUGGCUGUUUAUCAGCCAGUAAAUGUUGAACCUCAAUGUGAUCUAACUAUCACGGUUGUGAUUCUUGUCUCCGUAUGCCUUAAUAUCUGUUUUUGCUAUAUCAUUGUAUCAUAUUGUUAUGUUUUACAUGUAAAAUUCCUUCUGUCAGUGUAAUGAGGUUUUAUGUGUUUAAUUUAUUUGAGUUUCUACAUGUAACGAUAACCCUGUGAUAUGUGAGUGUAUAAAAGUGUCUGUUCUUUUUAUGCCAGAAUUUGGUUCAGUA